CUCUACUGUAUCGCCCCCACUAGACUGCCCAGGACUCCAGCAACAACUGCAAGACAUUUUAGGAGGCUUGGAAUUUAAUCUCGCCACAACACGCAUUUGAUGAGGGCUGUUGAUCGUUUGGAUUUUUCACAGGAUAAAAAAUAUGAUUUAGUUUCCACGCCUAUAAGUCUUAACAGCUUGCGAACAACAGGUUGGCUGGAUCCACAGUAUUUUCAAAGUGGUCACGCGCUGUUACGGUUCCUAUGAUGACUGAUUUGGACAUGUCAGCGCCUCUGCCAUACCUCCGCAAACAGUCUCCAUCAUGUCGGCGGGCUAAGGGAAAGUGAGAAAUCACGUGUUCUGGAUGUUUUCAAAAAUUUUUCAAGGACAUAGUACGCGUGCGGCAGAAGCGAUUCAACGCGUGGAUUUACGCACAGCGGAAUUCGGCUUUUACGCACCGGGCAUGAGGCACCAGAACUAUAGCUAAUUAACUACUCUGCAGACAACGUCCUCGGCACUUCGUGUUGUCAAAUGUGGUGUUAUUUGUGUUUCGUGAUCAUGUUGCCAAGGUAAUGAGCCGAGCGGCCGAACACCGGUCGCUGCGCAUAGAUGGCCCGGCAGGACGCGGUGAGGUGCCUGCGCUGCCUGCUGUACGCGCUUAACCUACUCUUCUGGCUCAUGUCAGCUUGUGUCCUGGGAGUGGCUGCCUGGAUCCGAGACUCCCUCAAUACUGUCCUGACCCUCACAGCACACACAAGAUUGGAGGAGGCUACAGUUGUCACAUAUUCAGCUGCAGUGCAUCCAGUUGUCAUUGCGGUCUGCUGUUUCCUGAUUAUCGUGGCCAUGGUUGGAUAUUGCGGCACACACAAAUGUAACCUGCUGCUUCUAUCCUGGUAUUUCUGCAGCCUGUUGGUGAUCUUUUGUGUGGAGCUAGCCUGUGCUGUUUGGACUUAUGAUGAGCCUUUAGUGCAGCGCUCAGACAUGAUCAGUCUCAAGUCCCGGAUGCCAAAUUAUGGUCUCCAGCGUUACCAGUGGCUCACACACACCUGGAACACCUUCCAGACUGAGUAUAAAUGCUGUGGAGUGAUCUACUUCACUGACUGGUUGGAAAUGACAGAGAUGGAGUGGCCUCCCGACUCCUGUUGCUCCAAUCAGUAUCCAGGAUGUGCUCGACAUGCGCAUUACCAUGACCUCAGUGACCUGCAUCAAGAGGGCUGCGGUCCAAAGAUCUACAGUUUCAUUAGGGGCACAAAGCAGCUGCAGGCGUUGCGCUUCUUGGGUGUGUCCAUCGGUGUGGCUCAGAUCCUGGCCAUGGCAUUGACUCUCAUGCUGCUCUGGGCAUUAUAUUAUGGACACAAAUGUCCAGUGCCAAACACAGUGGUGGUCGCACCAAAUGACCCCACCACAGCUUCAGUCGUAGGGAGUGCCUGAUGAAUCCCUAAUGUUGUGAAUAAUUUUCCCAGUUUGUCCCCUUGAUUCUGCGUAAUUGUUACAUGAAGGAAAUCGACUGUUACAGAUGCACACUUGGUUAUAAAAAUCAACUGCAAUUUUUAAAUGGAUUAUGAAGAGUGUUUUUCACUGGAUGAGAACCACUUUGGAAACCAAAAUGUUUCAAUCUACAAUCAUUUAGAUCUCCAGUUAUGAGACUGUAAAAUUGGAAUUUCUGUGAGUCUUGCAUUAGAGUACAUUACAUUGCAACAGUCUGAAAUGGGAACUACCUUUUUCAUUUUGGUGUACGCAAUAUCUCAGGUGCAGCUGCACAUGCAAAUUAUUUUUAUGAGUCAGGCCUGAAUUUUUGGUACAAUAUUUGUGGAUUUUGCAUUAGCAUGUCUUAAUGUAGUUCAUAUAGUUACUGUCACCUUCUUGACUACUAUGUUUAUACAAUAGAAGCCUGUAUGAUAAAAACUACUAUAUUUGCAUUUUGCACAAUCAAUUAGGACUGAUGAUAACAAAUUAUCUAACAACAUGUUACAAUGUUUGUGAUAACAUUUUUAUUGUUGUUUAUUUUUCAAACACUGCACUGGACAAAU